AUAAGAUGAAAGCGCUGAACCAAUAAGAUUCAGAAUAGAUGGUCUGAGGGACAGCUAAUUACAAAAGUGUCCUUGUGAUGGGGAGAUAUAAGAGCAAUAAUGUUUAUGCUGAAGCCACUGCGAAUCUCAAACUGAAAAAAGUGCAGACCCAAGAAUGGCAGAACACAUUCCAUUUGCUGUUGCGUCUAAUCUCAUUCACAGGUUGGCUUCCGCAGAUUUUCUUGAAUUUGGAAAGCAAUAUGAUGUGAGGGAAGCGUUGGAAGAGCUUAAGAACACUAUUGAAUCUAUCAAUGAUAAGCUCCUUGAUGCCGAAGACAAACAAGAUCAAGACGUUGGUGUGCGAGUUUGGAUCAGAAGGUUCAAAAAAGUACUUCAUCAGGCAGAUGACUUCUUAGAUAAGCUUGCUAUCCAAUCCACGAGAGACAAAUUGGGUGCAGCAGAAGGAAAAGAAGUAAAGAAGGUACUUCUUUCCAUUUCAUCUUCAAAUCAAAUUCCUUUAUGCAGUGAAAUGCCUGACAAAAUUAAAGAGAUACUAGAAAGUUUCAAUGGUGUGGUAAAAGAAAUGAAGGAUUUAAAUUUAAGCCCAAAAUCAAGGGUGGUAAAGAAAACUAAUAGUGAAUGGAGGGAAACGUGCUCUUUUGUAUUAGAGUCAGAUAUCAUUGGAAGAGAUGAUAGUAAAAAGGAGAUCAUUAGUCUGUUGAGACAAUCACAUGAAAAGCAAACAGUUUCUGUGAUUGCUGUUGUUGGCAUUGGUGGUUUAGGGAAGACAGCUCUUGCACAGUUGGUGUAUAAUGACUUGGAAGUGCAGAAUUUUUUUGAAAUGCAAACGUGGGUGUGUGUCUCUGAUAUCUUUGAUGUGAAAACUAUUCUGAAGAAAAUAUUAGAAUCAAUUACUGGCGACCAAAUUGAAGUCAAGAUAUCAUUAGACAACUUGCAAAAAAGGCUACGUGAAAAAAUAAGUGGUAAGAAAUAUUUGUUGGUCUUGGACGACAUUUGGAAUGAGAAUAAUAAAAAAUGGGCUGAAGUGAGAACUCACUUGAUGUGUGGUGCUCAAGAUAGCAAGAUUUUAGUGACAACUCGAAGUGAAAUUGCAGCGAAGACAAUGAGUGCUAGCACUUCCUAUCUUUUGAAAGCGUUGACUGAAAAAGAAUCUUGGAGUUUGUUAAAGAAAACUGCAUUCGAGGAUGGUUCCAAAGUGGUGAAUCAAAAUCUAGAAUCAAUGGGGAAAGAAAUAGCAGGAAAAUGUAAAGGUGUUCCAUUAGCCGUUAAAACGCUUGGAGGCCUGUUACGAGGACAAUAUGAGGAAAGCGAAUGGAAGGAUGUUUUACACGGUGACUUCUGGAAAUUAUGUGGAGAGCAAGAUAGCAUAGUGCCCAUUCUAAAACUCAGUUACCAAAACUUGUCCCCAGAGAUGAGACAAUGUUUUGCUUAUUGCUCUAUAUAUCCCAAGGAUUGGAUGAUUUUCAAGGAUGAGUUGAUUCAGUUGUGGAUGGCACAAGGUUACCUUCAAUGUUCAACUGAUAAACAAUGUAUGGAAGAUAUUGGUAACCAAUACGUAAAGAUGUUUUUGACGAACUCAUUUUUUCAAGACGCGGAAAGUGAAGAUGGUGAGAUCAUUAGUUUCAAAAUACAUGAUUUAAUGCAUGAUCUUGCAAUGCUUGUUGCUGGAAAUGAUUAUUGUUACUUGGAUAGUAAGGCAAAGAAACUCGUAGGUAGACCCAUGCAUGUAUCAUUGGAACUCCAGGCCAUUCAUUUACUGGAUUUGUUAGACGAAAACAGGCUGCGAACUUUGAUUUUGUGGUCUUACGAUGAAGACAUUGAAGGGGAACUACCCGUUGCAAAUUUCAAAUACUUACGCGUCUUGAAGAUGCCUUGUUCUUCCAUAGUCAAGUUGUCUGCUUCUGCUGAACAGUUGGAGCAGUUAAGAUAUCUUGAUUUGUUUGACAGCGCAGGACGGGUAAGUCUUCCCAAAUUUAUAAGCAAUCUUGUUUUCUUGCAAACAUUAAAACUGGGGAAUUGCGAUGAAUCAUUUUCAGAAGAUGUCGCAAAAUUAGUCAAUUUGAGAUUCCUUGAUAUUGUUGAUUAUGAUGACUCCUUCACUGGGAUGGCAGUUGGGUUGAGAAAAUUGUGCUCUUUGCAAAUCUUAUCAAUCUUUGUUGUGGGAGACAGGCAAGAAAUAAAUUACGGCACAUUAAAUGAACUGAAGGACUUAAUAAGAGGAAAAUUACGAAUGAAGCAUCUCGAUCGGGUCAGAGACGUGGCUUGGGAAUCACAGGACGUAAAUUUAAAACAAAAAAAAUUCCUUCAAUCCUUAACUCUCAGUUGGUCGUAUCAAGACAUCUGUAACAGUGACAGCUUACAAUUAUUAGAAAACCUUGAGUCCCACCAUAAUCUUAAGCGAUUGAAGGUGAAUUAUUAUCCAGGUGUGCUUUUCCCAAAUUGGCUUUCCCUCUUCACUAAUGUUGUUGACAUCAGUCUCUAUGCGUUUGAUAAGUGUCGUUUUCUCCCACCCUUUGAACGUCUCCCUUACCUGAUGUCACUUGUGAUAGAGUUACUUCCUGAAUUGGAAUACAUAUAUCUUCAUGAAGAUGGUUUUGCAGAAACCUUCUUCCCCUCUUUGAAGAGCCUCGUAUUAAGAGGAUGUGGGGAACUCAGGGGAUGGCUAAAGCUGGGAGAUGAUAUAAAUGAUUCACAAAAUAUCUCCUCACCUUAUUCAUUUCCUCGUCUUUCUCAUCUGGAAGUAUCUAUCUGUCCACAGUUGACUUGCAUGCCUACUUUUCCAAAUCUUAAGGAUUUAAAAUGGUAUCAAUGUAGUGCCGAGCCAUUAACAGAGACACUAAACACAACGUCAACAUGUUCAGUUGACUCAUCUUCCUCCGCUGCUCCUCUUUCCAUGCUCAAAGAAUUGGAAAUUUCUGAUCCUAUAAAUUUGCGGAAGGGUUGGAUGCAAAAUCUGACUUCUCUCGAGUCUCUUCGAAUUCAAGGGUGUCACAGUGAAACACUGGAGGAAUUUCAAACUGGGUUUAAGGACGACACCAACUGCCUUAUUUCUCUGCAACAAAUCACCAUACUUGGUUGUGAAAAACUGAAGGCUUUGCCUGAUUGGAUUUGCAACCUCUCGUCGCUUCAGCAUAUCUCGAUCUUCGGUUGCCCAAAAUUGGUAUCGCUGCCCCAAGGAAUGAGUCGUCUUACCAACUUAAAGAUCUUUGAGGUUGAUAGUUAUUCCCUCUUACUUGAAGAAUGCCGAACAGAGACAAGUGCUAUUUGUCUCCCAAUCGCACACAUCCCACAAAUUAUCCUUCGUAAUCGCUGAUCAUAAAGUGAACUUUUGUAGUUGAUGAUUACGGAUUCUGACCCAGCAGCUGACGCGCGCCCAAGAAGAUGAGGACAUUUGAAGAAUUUCCCCCAACUUUACCUCUUAUUUUACUACUUUGUUUCUGUUUAAAUUUGCUUCAUUUUGAGUUUGUAAUUAUUUCAUUUGGAAUUCUAUUUUAGAAUAAUGUGUUUUAUUUUGCAAGUACAUAGAAUAGACAAUUGUGUUUUGCCACUACUCUGCAUAAUAAACAUUUUUAUGUUUUUCUGAUUUGUGCAGCCAGUGGUAGUUGAAAUUCUGCUAUACUGAAUACUCUAAAUUUACAAGGGAGUUCCUUUCUAUUUUUCAUAAU